UCCUCCCAUCAGUCCUCCCAUCAGCCACAGUCCUCCCAUCAGCCCCAUUCCUCCCAUCAGACCCAGUCCUCCCAUCAGUCCUCCCAUCAGCCCCAGUCCUCCCAUCAUCCCAAUUCCUCCCAUCAGCCCCAGUCCUCCCAUCAGUCCUCCCAUCAGCCCCAGUCCUCCCAUCAGUCCUCCCAUCAGCCCAAUUCCUCCCAUCAGCCCCAGUCCUCCCAUCAGUCCUCCCAUCAGCCACAGUCCUCCCAUCAGCCCCAGUCCUCCCAUCAGUCCCAGUCCUCCCAUCAGUCUUCCCAUCAGCCUCUCCCAGUCUGGAAGAGGCGGGUCCAGUCCCCGUUAGAGGAGGCGGGUCUGGUUCUGCGUCAGGUCCGCAGACAAAAGAAGAAUUUGGAGGAGAACCUUGAGGCUCUGCUGAGAACCAGAACCGGAGAAGUUCUGCACGACCAGCUGGAGGCGCUGGCUGCUAACAGAGACUCGACGCAGGAAGUCCGCAUCAAGAAGACGGUGGACGCCUGGAUCAACUCGCUGACCCAAGACAUCCAGGCCGAGAUGUACUCAGAAGAAGCUGCGAUGACAUCACAGCAGCAGGUUGCAGGUAGCUCUGCCCCCACAGGUAGGGCGAGGCCAGUGAGCGCGCUUAAAGGAACAGGAAGUCAGCCUGCAGGGGGGAGAGUAAGAACAGGAAGUCAGGCGGCGGGGACAGGAAGCAGAGCGCAGGGGGCGGAGCCUGAUGCUUCCUCAGGUGAGGCGUACCUGAGCCGUCUGUACGGCAGGGCGGCAUACGAGGGUCAGAGGCGGAGCCUGAAGAAAAGCCCCUACCUGCGCCUCAGCUCACCUGCCCCCCCGCCCAGCAGGAAGCCCCGCCCCCGGCUGCUGGAGACCGUCACAGGUGUGAAGGUGAAGUCCUGUAAGACUCAGACCUGUUUGGCUCCGCCCCUCACGCCAGCAACUGGACGACCUCAUGACAUCAUCAUCAGCCCCUCCCUCCUGACCUCAGGUGUCCUCACACUGACCCCCGUCGCCAUGGCAAUCCCUCUAGGGCGUCGCAGGAUGGACUCUUCUUUCAGGCGUGUCCUUGAGAGUCAACAGGAAGUGACAUCACCACCCAGACCCCGAGAGGUUGCCGUAGGUGACGGAGUGCCUGAGCUGCAGGUGGAGGAGCCGCCGUCUACAGCUGAAGCUCCUCCACUUCCUCCGUCUACAGCUGAAGCUCAUCCUCUUCCUCCCUCUACAGCUGAAACUCCUCCUCUUCCUCCGUCUACAGUUGAAGCUCAUCCUCUUCCUCCGUCUACAGCUGAAGCUCCUCCUCUUCCUCCGUCUACAGCUGAAGCUAAUCCUCUUCCUCCGUCUACAGCUGAAGCUCCUCCUCUUCCUCCUCCUGCUGAGACCCCAGAGCAAGAGGAGGAGGAGGAAGACAUAUUUCCUGGAACUCACUUCCUGUCUGUCGCUGACGUCGUCCAG